UGCGAGACAGAGAGGCGAUCAAAGCUGUUGUCGUGAAGCCAUGGCCACGGCGAUCAAGGACUCGGACGAGACGAGCAAAAGAAAACAGUGAAAAUUCAUAGGAUACGCUCGCAGCACCGGAAAUUUCAUUUCACUCACCCACAGGCCACAGGGAAAGAGGAAAAGAGAAAAAAAGAAAAAAAGAAAUCGAAAACACAAGCUGAUGAUAAGAGAGAGAGAGAGAGUGAGAGUGAGAGUGAGUUAAUGAACUUGAAAAAUAUAGAAAGUGUGUGACUGGAAGAGAGAGAGAUGAAAAAGGCGGAAAAAGGUAGGGAAGCGGAAGCGGAAAAGGAGGACAAUUUAGGGGAAAAGUUGAGGAGAGGGGUAUUAGCAGGGAAAAGAGCGGGCCCUGCUACUCCAGUGCUCUCUUGGAGACUUUGGUUUUCGCACGAUACCAUCAUUAAGGAUCACCGUCUCCGUCUCCAUCUCCAGCCUCUGCCUCCCCCCGUCACCGCCAGAAAGCUUGCCGCUGCUCUCUGGGAGUUCCACCACUACUUCCCUAUGCAUCGCCCUUCCAACAAUGGCGCCUCGUCUGAUCCCAGACUUCGCCGCCAUCACCACUAUCAUCUCCACAAGGACAACCCUCCUCACCUUUCCUCCUCCUUGUUGCCUGAUGCUUCUCCCAGUUCCCCUGAUCAGCCAGCUAGUGCGAGCAGUUUGAGGAGGCAUGUUGCAGCAUCUCUGAUGCAACAUCACCGAGCAAUUGAAAGAAAUAAUCACGCAUUGCAGCCCAUAUCUCCGGCAAGUUAUGGCAGUUCCAUGGAGAUGGCGCCUUAUAAUCCUGCAGUUACUCCUACGAGCUCCCUAGAAUUUAAGGGAAGGGUUGGGGAGCAACAUUAUAGUCUCAAAACAUCCACCGAACUCCUUAAAGUGUUAAACAGAAUCUGGAGCUUGGAAGAGCAGCAUGCAUCUAAUGUUUCUCUUAUAAAAGCUCUUAAAACUGAGCUGGAUCAUGCACGUCUCAGAAUCAAAGAGUUGCAUCGAGAUCGGCAAGCAGAUCGACAUGAGAUUGAUGGACUGAUGAAGCAAAUUGCGGAAGAUAAACUGGUUAGAAAGAGCAAGGAACAGGAUCGACUACAUGCUGCUGUUCAAUCUGUGAGAGAUGAACUGGAGGAUGAAAGAAAACUGAGAAAACGGUCAGAGAGCCUGCACAGGAAGUUAGCUCGAGAGCUGUCUGAGGUGAAGUCCUCUCUUACUAAUGCUCUGAAAGAGUUGGAAAGAGAGAGAAAAACAAGGGCGUUAUUGGAGGACCUCUGUGAUGAGUUUUCUAGAGGAAUCAAAGAAUAUGAACAAGAAGUGCAUGCUCUAAAACAGAAAUCUGACAAGGAUUGGGCUGAAAGGGCUGAUCGCGAUAAUUUAAUUCUCCACAUAUCUGAAUCAUGGCUAGAUGAACGGAUGCAGAUGCAAUUAGAUGCAGCCCAGACUGGUUUUGCGGACAAGAAGUCAAUUGUGGAUAAAUUAAGCCUUGAAAUAGAGACCUUCCUUAAAGCUAAACACAAUAACAGGAGUACAGAAAAUCUGGUAGCAAGAGAUCGCAGGAAUUCACUGGAAUCUGUACCCCUGCAUGAUGCUGUGAGUGCACCACCACAAGAGGUGGGCGAUGAUGAUUCUGUGGGCAGCGAUUCAAACUGUUUUGAGUUGAACAAGCCCAGAAACAGGGGAUCUGCAGUGCAUGAAGACGAAAUUGUAGACCCUACCGUUGAUGAGACAAUAAAAGCCAAGCAAACAAGGAAAAAGCCAGUAAGUCGUGAAAGGAUAAAAAAUCAUAGUUCUUCAAGCUUGCAAGUAAAGCUUGAAGAACAGAUGGCUUGGGCCAUGUCAAGUAACUCUAACAAGAAAUCUCAAUCAAUUGAUGCGGAAGCAGAACAUGAGAAGACUACAGAUACAAGGGCAGUUGAAGGAAGUAUAGCUGAGAAUUUUGAACAGAGCGAAGCAAGGGAAGAAAGUAACAACUUUGACAGAAAGAAUAGCCCCCUUGAAUUGCAAAGCUCCAGUAAAAAUCACAUUAUCGACAAUCUCAUCAGAAGCCAACUUUUGGCAUCAGACGGGGGAGACAUUCAUGCUGAGGUUAGUUGUGGGGAGGCUUCCUGCAGUAACGCUGGAUGGAGGAAUCAAGCAAGUCCUGUGCGGCAGUGGAUGGCAAGACUUCCAUCGCAAAGCGCUGAAAUCACCGAGUCUUCGAAAGUGCCUCCAGGUUUAAAGGAGAAUACAUUGAAAGCGAAGCUUCUUGAAGCAAGGUCCAAGGGACAACGGUCGCGUUUGAAAGCCUUGAAGGGGGUUCCCCUUUAAAGCAAUGUGAAUUGUGAUUGCAUGAGGAAUUGAGUUGGAGAGUUCUGGUAAGUUCUGAGUUCGCUGAUAAAUUUAUAAUCUUUUGGGUAUUACUUAAUUCACCUCUGCCUCUUCCUUUCAGCUCGAGAGUUUUGCUGUGUUCAUACUGUAUCUGUAACUUUGUGUCGUGGAUUUAGUCAAUAUACUAGUAUAGAUGUUGUCAGAUAGCUGGAAGAAUCAGAUCAACUUUAAAGAACAAGGAAAAAUGUGCAAUCUACUGUAUCUGAAAUGCAACUUGAAACUUGGUGUUUUUUUCCUUCCUGAAA